UUUUGCACUUUGUGUCAGAUGGCAGAGGGAGACAAGAAAGCUUCAAAGAGGCGGCACGGGAGCCGGAACCCGACCCUGGCCCGUGGCAUCGGUCGGUACUCCCGGUCCGCCAUGUACGGCCGCAGGGCCAUGUACAAGCGCAAGUCCAAGACCACUGAGACCAAGGUGGAGAAAAGGACAAAGGUGAAGCCCCAAGCCACAGUUGUUAAGACUGUUGGAGGAGACAAGAAUGGCGGCACUCGUGUUGUCAAGCUGCGCAAGAUGCCCCGCUACUACCCCACCGAGGAGGUUCCCCGCAAGCUGAAGAGCCACGGUAAAAAACCCUUCAGCCAGCACAAGAGAAAGCUGCGCGCCUCCAUCACUCCAGGAUCUGUCCUUGUUCUGCUCACUGGUCGCCACCGUGGAAAGCGUGUGGUGUUCCUGAAGCAGCUCUCAAGUGGUCUCCUGCUUGUCACUGGCCCUCUUGCCCUGAACAGAGUCCCCCUGCGCAGGGCCCACCAGAAGUUUGUCAUUGCCACAAACACCAAAAUCGACAUCUCUGGCAUGAAGAUCCCCAAAACUCUGAAUGACGCCUACUUCAAGAAGAAGAAGCUGAGGAGGCCCCGUCAUCAGGAGGGAGAGAUCUUUGAUACAGAGAAAGAGAAGUACCAACUGACAGAGCAGAGGAAAGAAGACCAGAAAGCGGUUGAUGCUCAGCUCCUGCCCUUAAUCAAGAAAGUCCCUCAGAUGAAAGGGUACCUGCGCUCUUCCUUCUGCCUGUCUAAUGGUGUUUAUCCACACAAGCUGGUUUUCUAAAUGUGAUGUAAUAAAGAGUACCACCGUCA